GGUUGUGGCCUUCUUGCAGCCCACCACCUAGACAGCGAGGAACACCAAAGCCCACCAGACGGGCCGGGUGGGGGCUCCCGGCGGGAACCGGGUAGCCAAAUCCCGGCCCUGGUCUCCGCCUUAGCAGGGUCUCCUGAGAGUCCUCCUCAUUCUCCCCCCACCGUUUACAAGGCCUGCUGGGAGUUGUAGUUCAGCGGGCCUCCUCAGACCUCUCCUGUCUUCUGCGCCUCUGCUACUUCUGCUGAAGGCGGAGGCUCCAUGUUGUCCCCUCAGCGAACCGCAGCGGUGGCAUCGAGAGGAGCAGGUGAUGCCAUGGAGAAUGGAAAACCUGGUCCAGUGCAGGUUGUUUUGGUUCACAAAGAACAACACUCCUUUGAGCUAGAAGAGAGCGCCUUGGCCAGCAUCCUCCUGCAGGACCACGUCCGAGAUCUUGAUGUGGUGGUAGUAUCAGUGGCUGGUGCCUUUCGAAAGGGCAAAUCCUUCAUUCUGGACUUUAUGCUGCGAUAUUUAUAUUCUCAGAAAGAAGAUGGUCAUUCAAAUUGGUUGGGUGACCCUGAAGAACCACUGACAGGAUUUUCAUGGCGAGGAGGCUCUGACCCUGAAACCACUGGGAUUCAGAUUUGGAGUGAAGUUUUCACUGUGGAGAAGCCAGGUGGGAAAAAGGUCGCAGUUGUUCUGAUGGAUACUCAGGGAGCAUUUGACAGCCAAUCAACUGUGAAAGAUUGUGCUACCAUCUUUGCUCUAAGCACCAUGACUAGUUCUGUUCAGAUUUACAAUUUGUCCCAGAACAUCCAGGAAGAUGAUCUUCAGCAGCUACAGCUCUUCACAGAAUAUGGCCGUCUGGCAAUGGAUGAAAUUUUCCAAAAACCCUUCCAGACACUGAUGUUUUUGAUUCGAGACUGGAGUUUCCCUUAUGAGUAUAGCUAUGGAUUGCAAGGAGGAAUGGCAUUUUUGGAUAAGCGUUUACAGGUGAAGGAACAUCAACAUGAAGAAAUUCAGAACGUUCGAAAUCAUAUUCACUCAUGUUUCUCGGAUGUUACCUGUUUUCUCUUACCACAUCCAGGGCUCCAGGUGGCCACAAGUCCUGACUUUGAUGGGAAAUUGAAAGAUAUUGCAAGUGAAUUCAAAGAGCAGUUGCAGGCACUGAUACCGUAUGUACUAAACCCAUCUAAGUUAAUGGAAAAGGAGAUCAAUGGCUCCAAAGUCACCUGCCGGGGACUGUUGGAAUAUUUUAAGGCAUAUAUUAAAAUUUACCAAGGAGAAGAUCUGCCUCAUCCAAAAUCCAUGCUUCAGGCCACUGCUGAAGCCAACAAUUUGGCAGCUGCAGCCUCUGCCAAAGAUAUUUAUUACAACAACAUGGAGGAGGUUUGUGGGGGAGAGAAACCUUAUUUGUCUCCAGACAUUUUAGAAGAGAAGCACCAAGAAUUCAGACAACUCUCUUUGGACCACUUUAAGAAGACCAAAAAGAUGGGUGGGAAGGACUUCAGCUUCCGUUACCAGCAGGAGCUGGAGGAGGAAAUCAAGGAACUGUAUGAGAACUUCUGCAAACACAAUGGCAGCAAGAAUGUCUUCAGCACCUUCCGAACCCCUGCAGUUCUGUUCACAGUCAUAGCAGCGUUAUACAUAGCCUCGGGCUUCACUGGCUUCAUUGGGCUUGAGGUUGUGGCUCAGCUGUUCAACUGUCUGGUUGGAUUGCUGUUAAUAGCACUCCUUACCUGGGGGUAUGUCAGGUAUUCCGGUCAGUAUCGUGAGCUGGGUGGAGCUAUUGACUCUGGUGCAGCAUAUGUGUUAGAGCAGGCUUCUUCUCAUAUUGGUAAUUCUACUCAGGCUGCAGUGAGGGAUGCCAUCGUUGGGAGACCACCUACGGAUAAAAAGGCUCAAUAGCAUCUUAAUGACAAGAUUCAACAAAAGCCCAAUCAGCACCUGUGUUUCUGCUAAUGCCAUCAUGGGUCCAGUUCCAAAGGAAUGGCUGAUCUGAGACCAUCCUGGAAGAGCUGAGACAGGGCACCAUAAUAAAUGAACUGACCUCUCCUAUGGUUUCCCA